AUGGGCUCCAGCCCGCAGCAGGCCACCAAUGGAGACAUGGCAGAUGGCCAUGCUGCCAGUGCUGAUACCAAUGACAUCAAGCAACUCCAACAAUGGAAUGGCAAAGGUGUCGCCAGGGACGACACUCUGCGCGUGCACGACCUAAUCCAGGCGCAUUUCGACGGUCAACCGUCUGCCCCCAGCGUGUGCUCUUGGGAUGGUAGUCUGACCUACCGUGACCUGGACCAGCUGUCCUCGGGUCUUGCCGACGAGUUGAUGGCCCGAGGAGUUGGCUGUGAGACGUUUGUUCCCCUGUACUUCCAAAAAUCGAAAUGGACCGCCGUGGCUAUUCUUGCUGUUGUUAGAGCCGGAGCGGCCUUUGUGCUGUUGGAUGACUCGCACCCCUUGCCGCGUCUGCGCGAGAUCUGUGAAGAGGCGCAUGCGACGAUUGUGUUGGCUGCCUGUGAGCUCCGGGAUAAGGCGCAACAGCUGGUAGACGAGUCCCCCGUCAUCUUGGUUGGAGAGACGCAGUCGCAGCAAUGGCCUCGGGACAACAAUGAGUCCUGGAGAGCAUCGCCCGUGACGGGAACCAGUGCGUUAUACGCCGUGUUUACUUCCGGGUCUACGGGCAAGCCUAAAGGCGCGGUGAACGAACAUGCCUCCCUAUGCGCUGCGGCCCAGGCAUCGGGGCGAGCCCUGGCCAUGAGCUGCCGGACAAGGGCCUUUCAAUUUGCUUCUUAUGCAUUCGACCCGACAAUCAUGGACUUCCUCCGGACGUGGAUCUACGGCGGGUGCGUAUGCAUUCCGUCUCCAGCCCAGGCGAAAAACGACAUUGCCGCCGCCAUGACCCAGCUCGGGGCCAACCUCGCCAGUCUGACGCCCUCGGUGGCACGCCUCCUCGAUGCCGACGCGCUGCCGGCCCUGCGAGCACUAGAAUUCGCCGGUGAGCCCAUGCUGCAAAGCGACCUGGAGAAAUGGGCCGACCGGGUAUUGCUGGUCAAUGCAUACGGCACCGCCGAGUGCUCCGUGUACUCGGUGAUUUGCUCUCCGGUGCGCCGCGACGGACAUCCGCACAACAUCGGCUUCGCGGCCGGAUGUGUCGCGUGGAUUGUGGACCCGGCCGACCACCACACUCUGCUUCCAAUCGGCCAAGCCGGAGAGCUGGUGUUGGAGGGCGCCGGUAUAGGACGCGGCUAUCUGAGCAACAAGGAGCUGACGGCGGCCUCCUUUGUUCUUGGCCCGGCGUGGCUGCACCAGUUCCGAGGCGAGGAAUCCCGUCAUAUUCGCCUAUACAAGACGGGCGACCUGGCGCAAUAUCAACCCGAUGGAUCUCUUCGGUGCCUGGGCCGGAAGGACACCCAGGCCAAGGUUCGCGGCCAGCGCAUUGAGCUGGGCGAAGUCGAAUGGCAUAUCGGAGACCUGCUCCAUCAGCGCCACCAGGUGGUUGUAGACGUGGUCCAGGUGCACCGCGGCGUCGGCACACAGGCCGUCCUCGUAGCAUUCGUGCGACUCCGGGAUGCUGUGGUCGACGAGGAAUCCCCGGCCACUGAGUUGUUUGCCACACCAACAGACGUCUUCCGCCUUCAAAUGGAGAAGGUAGAGAUGGAACUGAAAGGGCGAGUGCCCGCAUACAUGGUUCCCGGGGCCUUUGUCGCGCUGAACUAUGUUCCCCUGUCGAUAUCAGGCAAGACAGAUCGUAGACGGCUCCGAGAAGAAACCGCCGCACGGCCAUGGGCCGGUAUUGAGGCGUACAUGUUACACCAGAAAAGCAGGCAUUAUUCUCCGAAAACAGACAUCGAAAGGAUCCUCCAAGGCUCAUUUGCCCAUAUUCUAGGAGUACAAGCUGAGGAGCUCGCUCCGCAUGAUUCCUUUUUCCGUAGAGGAGGCGACUCCAUCUCGGCCAUGCAGCUCAGCGCCCAUUGUCGCCGCCGGGGUCUGUCUAUUACGACCCAGGAGAUUUUCCAGUACCCUACAAUUGCUGAAUUGAACGCUAGAAUCCUCACGCAGGUGGAUUCCCAGGCCCCCUCCACGGCCCUGCCAUUCCCCCUCUCCCCAGUACAGCACAUGCUGCUCCAGCAGAAGAGCUUUCCCAGCCGGGAGUCUCACAGUCUCCAAGUUCCCAGUCGAUCCCUAUUCCUGCAAUUAGCAAGGCCGAUCAGUCUGAUAGAGUUGGAAUCCGCGAUACAGUCUGUCAUCCAUCGCCAGCCUAGCUUGUCCAUGAGGUUUACCACUGGAGAAGACGGCCAGUUGAUGCAGACAGUGACAUCUUUGAUCCGGGGCUCGUAUCAAUGUUCCCAUAUUCAAACCUCUGCUGCUGCUGCUGUUGCAACACUGGAUCCUCGCCCGGAGCGUCUCAACCUGGAAACUGGACCACUUCUUUUGGCUGAUUUAAUCACCACACAGAGCGAUGAUAGCCAGCAUCUACUCUUAGUAGCACCACAGAUCGUUGUUGACGUCCCUUCAUGGCAGAUCAUUCUCAACGAGCUCAGCAGCUGUUUUACCGGCGGUGAACUUUCUUCGUCCGUCGCAACAGCAUCGUUCCAGUCGUGGUGUGAGGCUAUUAGACCCCAUAUAAACGGACAACUCAACGGACAGUCCGCUGAAUGGACCUUGUCCAACUUUUGGGGAUUAGUCGAUCCCAGCAGUACGAAGAGUAGCAGGACCAUCUCAACUGAGUUCAUUUUGGAUGCCUCCAGAACCGCCUUGUUGUUACAGAGGGGAGAGCAUGCCCUUCGCGCAGAGCCGCCAGAGAUACUCCUGGGCGUUUUUUUGCAUGCCUUCAGGGCCAGCUUCCCGGGGCGAGACGGUCUACAAAUUUUCAUCGAACGCGAUGGACGGACAGCAGGUGCUUCUCAAGUUGUCGGUCAGUUUACCACCUACACGCCCAUCAUGUUGCAACCGGGUCAGGAUGGGGAUGUGGUGGAUGUGGUGCGCCGAGCAAAGCACGCUCAUCGCAAAGCGCGCAAAGAACAUUCAAUCCAUUCUGGACACGUAUUUCCGAUGGAGGCAAUUUUUCAUUGGAAGCAGGAGAAGGAACAUCAAGCCCUCAGUUCGGGAUCUGAGGUGGGGGAACUGUUUUUGCAAGAGGUAUCAUCUCCUGUAAGUGGUUGUGAAUCGCAUCAAGCUCGGAAACCAGCUCUCUUUGAGCUUAAUCUGUUGCAAUCCGGUAGCUCACUCGCAGUUUCCCUGGUUUAUCGGGAGAAUAUGAUGCACCAAGACGCCAUCAGUCAAUGGUUCCAGCGCUCACAAGAUACCUUGGAUGAGCUGCUGCCACGAUUGGAAAACCUCACGUUUCGGCCUAUGCUUGAUGACUUCUCCCAGCUGUCCAUUACUCCGGCAGAGCUGGAGACGCUGAUCUUGGAUAUCUUAGCUCAGCAAGAUAUUCUUAGUCUAUCCGACAUUGCAGACAUCUACCCGGCCUCUUUCAUUCAGCAGGGAAUGUUAUUAAGUCAGGCUCGGGACCCUCAGGCCUACUGGUCCCGUACCUCAUGGGAGGCACGCUCCCGCGAUGGAUCUGUAGUCGUACUGCACAGACUUCAGGAGGCAUGGCAGCAGGUGGCCAUGAGCCACUCUAUACUCCGGACUCUAUUUGUGCAGAGCCAAGAUGGUUCCCACUACCAAGUUCUGUUGAUGCAUCCGCCCCUUCCAGUCAAAAUCCUGCCCUUGAAUGCACUGGAGCAAAUCCAAGUCACAACAAAUGAGGCUCCCGGUGGCUUGAAAAGGCGCACAUUACUUCCUUGGAGUCUCACCCUUAGACCUCUAAGUGACGGUAGUGUGACAUGCGAGAUUCAGAUAAGCCACGCCCUCAUGGAUGGGGAGUCAAUGCAAUUGUUGAUCCGGGACGUUCAACGUGCGUAUGAUGCGGAACAACCGCAUAGGGCCCCUCCCUUGUAUAGCCAAUAUGUCGGUUAUCUGAACCAGGUCUCUCGGAAUCCUGUGCUAGAAUAUUGGAAGGGUUACCUCGAGGGGACCGAGCCGUGCCACUUUCCUGCGUUUCCGAGUUCGCAGCUCACUCCGGCAGUUGAGAAGCUCGUAGAUCUUGACAUUGUCAUCGAGGAUGCGCACCAGCUGUUUUCUUUCUGCAGGGAAGAGGGCAUCACACUCUUCAAUGUGGUUCAGCUGGCAUGGGCCAUUGUGCUUCAAUGCUACACGGGCAAUGAGACGGUUGCCUUUGGGUAUUUAACAUCCGGACGAGACGUUCCGAUUGAUGGGGCAGAGGACAUGGUAGGCCCUCUUAUCAAUAUGUUGAUUGUGAGAAUUGAUCUCCAAGGUGACCUAAGCGUCCGGAAGCAUUUACACGAAUGCCGGGACCGGUAUAUGCAAAGUAUUCCCAACCAGCACUGCUCUCUAGCCGCGAUAUAUCGUGCCCUGGGCCAUUCUGGCACACCCAUGUUCAACACCAUCAUCACGUACCAAAAGCUGCUGCCCAUUGAUACCAGUGCAACCAUAGAGUUUAUCGAGAUCCUUGAUCAACAACCUACCGAGUUCGACAUAGUCUUGAAUGUCAGGGCUGGCCGCAAUGAUGCGGCUGUCUCGUUGACCUAUUGGGGAAAUAAGAUUCCGCCUGAGUUGGCUCGCAGCAUAAAACGCACUUUCAGCGCCGUACUCGAAGGGAUCACAACCCGGCCGGAUGUGAAUGUGUCCGAGAUGAACUUGGUGAGCGCCGCGGACCUGGUUCAAAUUAUGGAUUGGAACGAGCCCCCAGCUGCUACAGUGAGCGCCUGUAUCCAUGAUAUGGUCAGGGAGGAAUGCAUUGCACAUCCGGACCGGCUGGCGAUAGACGCAUGGGAUGGAAGCUUCACAUACCAACAGUUGUGGGAUCAUUCCUCCGCGCUGGCUACGUGUCUAAUAGACCAGGGAGUCGGACCGGAGAUGCCUGUGCCGAUUUGCCUUGAAAGGUCCGCCUGGGUGCCUGUUUCUAAGCUGGCUGUCCUAAGGGCAGGAGGUAUAUGUGUGCCGUUAGACCCUAGCGCUCCCGUCGAGCGUAUUCAGGCCAUGCUUGAGGAGGCCACGCCAGAGAUCAUCAUCGUCUCAUCAACAACGGCCAAUAUUGACUUUCAAUCCUCUGCGAGGAAAAUUGUCAUUUCUUCAGACACCUUUGCGCACUCCGCCGCGCAACUCCCGGAUCCAUCUUCGCCGGUGCGACCGAGCAACGGCGCAUACAUCCUAUACACAUCCGGCAGCACUGGUCGUCCCAAGGGCAUCAUCCUUCAACACGAUGGGCUUUCCACGAGCAUACGUGAGCAGAGUCGCAGAUUAAGCAUCAAUGGUGAGACCCGAGCGCUGCAAUUCGCCUCGUACACUUUUGACGUUAGUGUUUGGGAAAUCUUUGCGGUACUGACCUCGGGGGGGUGUGUCUGCAUCCCUUCCCAAAUGGCAAGAAUGAAUGAGCUGGCGACAUUUAUAUCAGAUGCAAAAGUCAACUGGGUAGCCCUAACCCCGUCUUUCGUUCGUCUUUUCCAGCCCAAAGACUUUCCCGGCGUGCGCACCAUGAUCCUGACCGGAGAGAACCUGCCCCAAGAUAUCGCGGAUACUUGGUGCAGCAAAGUCGAAUUUAUCAACGCUUAUGGGCCUACUGAGUGUACUAUUUGCACUGUACAACCGGUAGAGGCUGGUCGAUGGACCAUGGGCACAAUUGGAUGGCCCCUUGGAGGUUCUGGCUGGGUCGUUGAUCCAUCCAACAUUAAUCGACCCAUGCCUAUUGGCGCAAUAGGAGAGCUCAUAUUCGAAGGACCUGUUGUAGCUCGCGAAUACUUUCGUCGGCCUGAUGCCACCAAGACUUCCUUCGUUUCUGCUCGACCAUCCUGGUUACCCACGUCUUCUUCUUACAAGGGUUGUCGGUUAUAUCGAACUGGUGACUUGGUGCAUUAUAAUUCGGAUGGUUCUCUGCGAUAUCUGGGUCGCAAAGACAGCCAAAUCAAGCUUCGUGGUCAUAGAAUUGAACUGGAAGAGGCCGAAUUUCUUUUUCGGCGUUAUCUGCCUCUGGGAUACAAUGUCGUGGUUGAUGUUAUCCAUCCGACUGAUCAAGUCAGAUCUGGUAUUUUGAUUGCCUUCCUCUGCAAUGAGGCGGAUAUAAGCCAGAAUAUCCAGCCGGGGUCACUCUUGAUGCCAGCGAGCGACAGCUUCCGCUUGCUGUCUCAAGACAUCCAAACGAAGCUACCUUUUUCCAUCCCCAACCACAUGAUUCCUCAAUUCAUGAUUCAGAUUUCGAUGAUUCCGAGAACCAAGUCAGGAAAAACUGACCGUCGCUUAAUUCGAGUAGCUGCGUCGCGGCUCUCUCGCAUCGACCUCGAGAUGCUGGUGGAUGCCAAGGGAGGAAGCGGAAAGAUGCAGCCUACAACGCCAAAUGAGAAGCUCAUGCAGAUUCUCUGGGCUACGGCGCUUGACCUACCGACGGAAAGUGUGGGAACUAGUGACAAUCUCUUUCAGCUCGGCGGCGAUUCCAUCACGGCCAUGAGAAUCGUGGGCCUUACCCGCGCAGCAGGCUAUAGUCUGGUGGUCUCCGACAUAUUCAGCAGGCCCAGCCUACAACGUUUGGCCGAAGGAUUGCAGCGCCGUGAUCUAUCAUUCGUCCAAAAUCCUACUCCAUUCAGUCUAAUACCAUCCGAGGAGAAGGCCCAAGCGCUCAUAGAGAUGGCGACGAACGAGUGCCAGGUAUCCUCCGAUGAAGUAGAGGACAUUUAUCCGUGCACUGCGCUUCAGGAGGGUCUUGUGAGUCUUACUAUCAAACAUCAAGGCUCAUAUGUAGCCCAGUACCAGCACCGAAUCGAUCCCGGUGUCGAUGUUCCUCGUCUUGCGGCCGCAUGGGACACGGUCGUUGCCGCCAACCCCAUCCUGCGGACACGAAUUAUCCAGUCACAGUCCGCUCGCACGUUCCAGGUUGUCUUAAAGCAUGGCCCUACCUGCGUGAUAGAGUCCUCAGGUCUCGAGGAGACCAUGAAGGCCACAAAAGAGGCCAGGAUCGCACUAGGAGCACCGCUGCUUCAAUGUGUCAUAGUCUCAGGAGAGUCUGAAACCUUUUUGGUCCUCACUAUUCACCACGCCGUGUAUGAUGGCUGGUCAAUGACGCUUCUUCUGGAGCAAUUAGAGUCGGCCUAUGCUGGUCAGACUUUGAAGCCGCGCCCGUUCACCGGCUUUGUUGAAUAUCUGAGUCGUAUGGAUAUAUCAGCUCGUAACAGCUUUUGGCGGUCUCAGUUCACAGACUUGAACUGCGCCGUGUUUCCCACUGCCCCGGUUCAGCUUAGCCGUGCUACCAUGGCGACUGCUCUGCAGCUUGUAGAGCACAGGCUGAAGACUCCGUCUAUAGGCUCCAAGUUUACCCUUUCUACCAUAGUCCGCCUGGCCUGGGCUAUGGUAUUAUCCAAGCACACAGAUUCGCGUGAUGUUGUCUUUGGGGCGACCGUUGCCGGGCGUAGCGCGCCUGUCGCGGACAUUGAGCAGAUGACAGGCCCUACGAUGGCGACAGUCCCAUUCCGAGUGCAUAUUAAUCCCGCAGAAUCUGUGCUGGACUCAUUGGAGAAUGUGCAGGCUCGAACAAUUGACAUGAUUCCUUAUGAGGCGACUGGUCUACACAACAUCAAGGCUCUAGGAGCAGGUGCCGCGGCCGCGUGUCAGUUCCGGAAUCUCCUCGUCAUUCAACAACAGCAAAGCUUUUACCAGCCAAAACUUAUGCAUGAGGUUCAGCGAUUCACGGAAAAUAUUGCCGCCAUUAACACGUAUCCAUUGACCCUGCUAUGCAAUCUCAACGGAGACCAUAUUUUGAUCCAAGCAUCCUUUGAUUCAAAAGUGCUGAGUAAAGCAGAGACGGAAACAUUGUGCUAUCAUCUGGGACAAGCGACCCUUCAGCUAGUGGAAAAGCAUUCCUUAAAUGUUUCUGAUAUUGACCUGGUCGGGCCGGAGACAAUACAGCAGCUUCAGGCCUGGAACCAGAAUAUCCCUCCCCAGGUUGAGGGCCUGGUGCACGAGGUGAUAGGCGGUUAUUUCAAGAGUCGGCCGCAAGAACCUGCUGUCUGUUCAUGGGAUGGUAACCUGUCUUAUAGCGAGCUAGACAGCUUAUCCUCUCAGCUCGCCGAGGUAUUAGUCCAGCGAGGGGUAGGGCCAGAAGUACUUAUCCCUGUGUUCCUGGAAAAGUGCAAGUGGACCCCUAUUGCCAUGCUCGCGAUCAUGCUUGCUGGCGGUGCAUUUGUGUUGAUGGAUCCUGCACAACCCUUGGGUCGUCUAAAACUCAUUCAUAGUCAGCUGGAUGCCCCUGUUUUACUUACGUCCACUUCACUCUCGUCUGCUGCGUUCGACAUUGCCUCAACGGUUAUUCUUCUGGAUAACAAUGAAUGGCAAGAGGAGACGGAUAAAAAAUCAACAAAACCUAAAGUGUGGAGGACGUCUGGUGUCCAACCGAACAACAGGGUGUAUGCAGUCUUCACCAGCGGCACCACCGGUACCCCAAAGGGCGUUGUCAUUGAGCACGCGGCAUGUCUCACGAGCAUGCAAGCCCUCAUAGGUCCCAUGGGUAUCGACAGGAACACACGGGCUCUCCAGGUGGCUUCUUAUGCCUUCGACGUGAGCGUCUCUGACCAUCUAGCGACUUUGCUUGCCGGGGGUUGUAUCUGUAUUCCGCAGGCCUCGCAGCGGGAAAAUAACCUUGCAUUGGCUGUAAAAGGGCUCCAAGCCAACUACGUGCAUAUCACCCCAUCACUAGCCGAGCUGCUGAGGCCAGAAGAUGUUCCUGGACUGCGUACUCUGGUGCUCAGCGGAGAGCCCAUGACCGCAGGUCUGGUGGCCACCUGGGCUGACGCAGUGAAGCUGAUCAACGCAUAUGGACCUGCGGAAUGUUCUGUUGACUGCUUCGUCAAUGCCUCCAUCACGAGCACGACAGAUCACUCCAACAUUGGCUAUGCUACCGGUAGUGCUGGCUGGAUCGUGGACCAGGACGACCAUGAUAAGCUGGCUCCAAUUGGUACAGUUGGUGAACUUGCAGUCGAGGGCGCGAUCUUAAGUCGGGGCUAUUUGAAUGAUGAACAGAAAACUUCUGCUGCCUUUAUCCAGGACCCCGCGUGGGUUCGCCGCUUUCCACUCCAACCUGGUCCACGGAGGUUGUACAAAACGGGAGAUCUGGUUCAAUAUCACCAGAAAAACGGGUCAAUGCGCUAUGUCGGCCGCAAAGACACCCAAGUGAAAGUGAGAGGACAAAGACUUGAGCUAGGAGAAAUUGAGCAUUAUUUGAAGGAGUGUUUUGCAGAGGCGACGCGUCUGAUGGUGGACCUGAUUGUUCCAGUUAGUGAUGACGAAAGACCUGCCUUGAUGGCAUUCAUCGAAAUUCCCAGCGAGUAUCAUGAUCUUCGGGGAGAAACUUCUGCACAUGGCCUCUUCAAUCAACCUAGUGAUAUGUUCCGAGCCAAAGUGCAGGCGGUGGUCACUCAACUGCGCAAGAAGCUUCCACCUGCCAUGGUGCCGGCAAUUUUUAUUCCCAUGGUGAAGAUCCCUCUGUCAGCGUCUGGUAAAACGGAGAGAAAAACUGUGCGCCAAGCUGCGUCGCGUCUUUCAAGAGGAGAAAAAAGACGCUACAUGGCGGCAAGCAAAGCUAAACGAGCCCCGACCACUGAGACGGAGCGUCUUGUCCAAUCUAUCUCUGCUCGUGUGUUGAAGGUGCCGGUCGAGGAUAUCGGAAUGAAUGAUACCUUCUUCGAACAUGGAGGAGACUCGAUCUCGGCUAUCCGCUUUGUUGGGGAUGCUCGUCAGGCCGGUUGGACUGUACAGGUGGUAGAUAUCUUCAGCGAGCCGACCCUCGCAGCGUUGGCUGGAACGAUGCAUCGCAGUGAAGGCGACUUGACAGCGCGACCAAUUCCACCGUUUCUCCUUCUGCCAAAUGAGGCGGAAACAGCCCGACUCUGUUCUCUGGUAGCCAGCUCUUGUUCUAUAUCCACCGAUCGGAUUCAAGAUAUCUAUCCCGCAACCGCCCUCCAAGCUGGGUUGCUGGCGUUAAGCUUGAAACAACAAGGGGCGUACCAAGGCUAUUUUCCUAUACGACUGCCGUCCGAUGUCGACCUCGAUAGCAUGAAGAGGGCUUGGGAGUCGACCGCAAAGGCUAAUGUCAUUCUACGCACUCGAAUCGUCCAAGAUGCCGAUGGACAAUUAUACCAGGCCGUAUUGGAUUCUGAGGUUGAGUGGCACGAGGCAGCUAAUCUAGAUGAGUAUUUCAAAGUGGGAGCCUCUAUAGCUAUACGCAUGGGAGGUCCUCUAGCCAGAGCUGCCAUUGUGCAGGAUUCCAAGCAGGGCGGGUGGUGUCUGGUGGUGACGCUGCAUCACGCUUUAUACGACGGAUGGUCCAUCUCUACGCUUGUCCAGGAUCUGCAAACAGCCUACCUAGGCCAGAUGUUAUCUCCUCGUCCGUUCAAUGGGUUCGUGGACUACAUUUGCCGCGCUGAUGAUGUUGCUAGCUCCGAGUUUUGGAGAAACGAAUUUGAGGGCCUUUCCUGCGGACAGUUCCCGCCGCUGCCGUCAGCUCACUAUGUUCCAUCCAUAGAUAGCUUCCUCGAGCACACACUCGCGCUCCGUGGGCUGUCUUCGGACUUCACCAUUUCCACAAUUGUGCGCCUAGCUUGGGCAGCAGUGAUCUCUAGCUACAGCAGCUCGGACGAGGUGGUUUUUGGCACCACUGUUGCUGGACGCAGCGCUCCAGUCCCAGGCAUUGAGAACAUGACAGGCCCAACUAUUGCCACAGUGCCCAUCCGCGUUCACGUCGACCCCAAUAUGCGUAUCAAAGAUGCACUGGAAGACAUCCGCACACGUGGAACCCAAAUGAUACGAUUCGAGCAGGCCGGACUCCAAUCCAUCCGCUCCCUGAGCCCUGAGGCGGCGUUAGCUUGCCAAUUCCAGAGUUUGCUUGUGAUUCAGUGGAUGAAUGAAGAAAGUACCGAAUCAUCAGACUUCUCUGUGGCCUAUGAGUAUGCUCAUGACGAGAAAGCAUUCUCCUCAUAUGCCAUCAACCUCACGUGCGACUUGGCUUCCUCUUCAGUCAAGUUCCGCGUCGCGUUUGACAGCCACAUUACCGAGCCCGCCGUCAUGCAAAUGAUGAUGUUUCAGCUGUCUCAUGCCAUUUCCCGAAUCAUGGAUAACGCUAUGUUUGUGAGGGAUCUGAAGGAGAUUAGUCCACAGGGCAUGCAAUCUCUCCUAGAGCGGAACACCCAUAUCCCACCACGUGUUCCGGCUUGCGUGCACGAUUUAAUUUUGUUUUACAGCAAGAGUACGCCGGACGCAAUCGCCGUGGACGCCUGGGAUGGGACACUAACGUACCGCGAGCUGGACUUGUCUUCCUCCAGCCUAUCGGCGCACCUACUCUCCUCAGCCCAAGUGAAGCCGGAGAUGAUUGUCCCUAUCUUAUCAGAGAAGUCCAUGAACACAGCGAUUGCGCUGCUUGGUGUGAUGCGGGCUGGCUGUGCGUUUCUUCUGCUGGACUCUUCACAGCCAGCCGCCCGCCUGAAAUCCCUCUGCGAAGCUGUUGAGACAAAAAUUGUUGUAGUAUCAGCGAAACACGCGGAUCUAGCAUCUACACUGGCCCCAGAUGCACAGAUAGUAGUGUGCUCGCGGCAAAAUCUUGCCUCCUCUGGUUUGCCUAAUGGAGUGGCCCUCCCUGUUCCGGCUUCUGAUCCCAGGCAAAUUGCCUACUGCGUCUUCACCAGUGGAUCUACUGGUACACCAAAAUGCAUCCUUAUCGAGCAUUCCUCCUUCUGUACCAGCAGCCUGGCGGUUGGGCGGCUCAUCGGUAUGGACCAAAGCACACGGGUCUUCCAAUUCGCAUCCUAUGCAUUCGAUGUCAGUAUCACCGAUCAUCUGCUUCCUUUAAUGCAUGGAGGCUCCAUCUUUAUUCCACACAGCGAGCGUGUCAAGAACAACCUCCCGGCUGCUUUGAGGGAGUCGCGCGCAACCUUUGCAGAAUUGACUCCCUCUGUGGCUAGAAUGCUUGAUGUAGGCGAUGUAUCCAGUCUACAGAUCCUCGUCAUGAGCGGUGAGGCCAUGACUCAAGCGGAUGUUGAGAAAUGGCAAGACAAAGUCCGUCUCAUCAAUCUGUACGGGCCUGCGGAGUGCUCCUGUGCCGCAACUGGGCGAAACCCGGUGAGCCUAGAUCGGCCUCCUCAAGUGCUCGGUAAGGAUAUGGGAGGCGUUUGUUGGGUUGUAGAUCCUGCUGAUGACGAGCAACUGGUCCCUAUCGGCGCAAUAGGUGAGCUAGUUAUCGAGGGACCAAUUGUUGGACGAGGAUACCUCAAUGCCCCGGAACUGACAGCAUCCGUCUUCGUUCCAUCGAUGCGAUGGCUCCAGCGAGUUCGCGGCGAAGAAGAUCGAGUGUACAAAACUGGCGACCUUGUGCAGCUACUACCUACCGGGGACCUGAAAUACAUCGGCCGCAAAGAUCUCCAGGUAAAAGUUCACGGUCAGCGAAUUGAAUUAGGCGAAGUCGAGCACCAUGUGCAUCGCUUGUUCCCCCAGGCGACCAACGUUGCAGCGGAGGUUCUUCAUCCAAAUGAACAACAGGGCAAGUCCAUUCUUGCAGCUUUCUUGGAAGUUCCUCCUUUGCAGAAACUCCCCGACGGCCACUCACCGUCGAUGGAGAUGAGCAUACUCCCAGCAACAGCCUCGUUCCUUGCCGAUGUGCAGAGGACCGAGUCCAAACUGCGCGACAUGAUUCCGACCUAUAUGAUUCCCACUCUUUUCCUGCCUGUGAAUCGCAUUGCACUGUCGCUAUCGGGGAAGGUGAACCGUGGCAUGCUGCAGAAUCUUGGGAGGAAUUUGAAUCGAAAGGACAUUAAGGCCUUCUCAAACCCUCGCAGAACCAAACGAGCACCGGAAACAGAAAUGCAACGUGCUCUAGGGAUGCUAUGUGCCAAGGUCUUGAACCUACCUCUUGGCGAGGUCAGCAUCGACGAUAGCUUUCUCGCGUUGGGCGGUGAUUCCAUCAGUGCCAUGUCGCUCGUAGCGCGUGCAAGUGCGCUUCAGAUUGCCAUGUCUGUUGAGGAUGUCUUGACCCAGAGCACGAUUGAGAAACUGGCGUCGCGUGCCAAAAAUACCACACCCCAGCUCCUGCCGCAACCUGAGGAGCUAGAUGCGUCGUUUGCAUUGUCUCCGAUACAAGAGAUGUUUUUCGAAGUCGUGCCGCAGGAGUCUUAUAAUCACUAUAAUCAAAGCUUCUUCCUGUCUCUCGCAAGAAACGUUUCUGUGGAAGACUUGGAGCACGCUGUCCGCGAGGUAGUCCGACAUCACGUGAUGCUACGAGCCCGGUUUAGUCAAGAUGCACAGGGUCGGUGGACGCAGAGCGUAACUUCCAAGCCGGAGUCGUUCUCGUCCUAUUUAUUCAAAUCGCACGAGGUGGCUGAUGUUACGUCCAUUGAGCCCCAUGCAUGGAAGACCCAGCAUAGCCUGAAUAUCGUGAGUGGACCUUUGCUGGCAGUUGACCUCUAUCAAGUCCAUGGUCAGGGGCAAUACAUUCUCCUAGUGGCGCAUCAUCUCGUGGUAGACCACGUCUCGUGGCGAAUUAUCCUCAGCGACCUGGAGGAGUUCCUUGAAGCGUCUUUCGCCUCUAACGCUCGUGGUCGUCGCAACGUCGAGUCAUCAUUAUCCUUUCAGUCGUGGUGCCAUCUCCAGGCUCAGCAUGUCCGGGAACAACUGCCCCCUCAGAGAGUUUAUCCGACACCUACAGAGAACCAUGUCCCGCUUUCGACAAUUUCUACAUGUAUGGACUACUGGGGCUUGACAAGCCGAUCUAACACCUAUUCGGAUGUUGUCUCUAUCGGCUUCACUUUGGGUGCAGAAGUGACCGAGAGUCUUCUGGGUGACGCUAAUGAUGCCUUGCGGACGAGACCCGUGGAAAUCAUUCAGGCUGCGCUCGUCUUCUCGUUUAUGAAACAGUUCCCAGAUCGAGAUGCGCCAAUCCUCCAUAGCGAGGGCCAUGGAAGAGAAGUAUGGGAUCCGUCCAUCGAUUUGUCCCGAACCGUAGGAUGGUUUACCACCAUAUGGCCUACCCUAAUCACGGUGCAACCUACGCAUAGUCUUAUCGAGGUGGUGAAACGAACCAAAGAUGGGCGACGACAAGUCCGUAAUAACGGAUGGGCUUAUUUUGCAUCACGAUUCCUACAUCCAGCAGGACGCAAUCAAUUGCCACUGGAGGUGCCCCUUGAGAUAGUUUUCAACUAUGCUGGAUCAUUCCAACAGUUGGAACAGCGACAGGGACUAUUCCACAUGGCUGAGACUCAGUAUACGCGAUUUGACGUAGCAGCUACUGCCACUCGAUUUGAAUUAUUUGACGUCUCAGCUGUAGUCAAUCGUGGACAGCUGCAGGUGGAAAUCUCCUAUCACCAAGCUAUUCCCCGGGAUCGCAUGCGGCAGUGGGGUUCAUCCUUUGAGGCUGCCUUGUGCGAGGCCAGUGUGACGCUUCAGCAAAUCCAGAGGCAAUUUACGCUUGCCGACUUCCCUCUUCUACAGAUCGGCUACGACGAUCUGGCAUAUCUGGUCGAUACGGUUGCCGCCGUGACAGGAGUACGCGAUAUAACAGCGAUCGAGGACGCCUACUCCUGUUCGAGCAUUCAACUAGGCAUGCUUCUCAGUCAAGCCAAGGACUCAGCACAGUACAUUACCAGCACUACAUGGGAGGUUGAAAGUAUGGAAGGCAUCGACAUUGACCGCUUCAUACGCUCAUGGCAAAAGGUUGUCGAUCACAAUCCCAUUCUCCGCACCAUCUUCGUGGAGAGCCAUUCGGGUCAGCUCUGGGACCAAGUGGUGCUGAGACACUCAGCCGGCGAUGUCCUUCUUGUCGAUCCUGAUAGUAAAAACUCUCCGGCUCCUCAAGGGCUCGGUGGUGUCACAGCAUCCCGCCCGUGGCAACUCAUUGUAACUCGUGCAGGUAUUGCGCUCUUGUGUGAGCUUCGCAUUCUUCACGCUCUGGUGGAUGGGGUUUCAACGAGUUUGCUUGAACAGCAACUGUCUCGUGCUUAUGAAGACCAAGUUGUCUCCGAGCCCGUGGCAACUCUAAAAGACUAUAUUUCUUAUGUUCAGGGUCUUCCCAGUGGAGCAGCCACGCAGUUCUGGGCCACGUAUCUUGAGGGGUCAGACCACUGUACCCUUCCCACUCUGCACCAUUCUCAAGAUCCCAAUUAUCCGGGUUCAGUGUCGUAUGUCACCCGGAAGCUUGACGAUCUUCGCCCACUGCAAGUGUUCUGUGGAGAGAAUGGGGUCACCCUGUUUAGUCUGGUUCAGCUGGCUUGGGGUUUGGUUCUGAGGGCUUACACCGCAUCUGAUGCUGUAUGCUUUGGCUAUCUGGCCACCGGUCGAAAUAUGCCCAUUGCUGGAAUAGACAAGGCUAUCGGGCCUUUCAUCAAUAUCCUUGUAAGCAAGAUGCACUUGGACGGCGGCAACGCCAUUAGGGAUUUGGUCCAGUCCAUUCACUCGGAUUUCCUACAAGGGCUGGGUCAUCAGCACACCUCGCUAGUCGAGAUAUAUCAUUCAUUGGGAAUUUCUGGUCGUGGCUUGUUCAAUACGGUGGUCUCAGUCCAGAGCAGACCCGAGCAACAACAAGUCAAUCAUACUUCUGGGCUUUCCAUGCGUACAGUCGACAGUGACGACCCGACAGAGUAUGACCUUACGUUGAACGUUUCUGUAUCCAAGGACGAUAUGGAAUAUGCCCUGUGGUAUUACGAACACUCAUUCACAACAAGCCAGGUCCAUGAUCUCGCAGCUGCCUUUGAAAGAGCCCUUCUGAGUUCGGUAGCCUUGACGAAUGCAAAAGUCCGGGAUGUCGAUCUCCUAAGCGACGAUCAUCUCCACUGGUUACAGUUGCGGAACGAGGUUCUCCCCGAGACGCGACAGGAGUGCAUACAUGAAGCCAUCGAGCCAUUCUUCCUGUCUACCCCUUCAGCUCAGGCUGUUUGUGCAUGGGAUGGUGAUUUCUCUUACGCGGAGCUAGAUCAGCUGUCACUCAGCCUAUCUCGAGUUUUGACCCUCCGUGGUGUUGAACCGGAGACGUAUGUGACCAUACACUGUGAGAAAUCUAGGUGGACAUCUGUGGCCAUGCUUGCCGUUCUCCGUGCUGGCGGUGCUUUUACCCUCCUUGAUCCUUCUCUCCCCCUAGCCCAUAAGCAGACCAUUUGUUCUGAUCUAGGUUGUCAAAUCAUGAUCUCCUCUAGAACCGCUGAUGAUGCGUCGUCGCUGGUCAGAGAGAUGAUCAUGAUUGGCGACGGCGAAGAUGAGUCGUGGGUCGUGCCCCCAUCGGAGCCCAUACGAUCAUCGCAAGCCAAGCCUGCACAUGCAGCGUAUGCGGUUUUCACCUCUGGUUCAACUGGGAAACCCAAAGGCGUUGUUAUUGAUCAUUCUUCCUUUUGUACCAGUGCGAUAGCCCAGCAUCAAUCCUUAUCCAUUAAUAGUUCUACUCGCGUGCUCCAAUUUUCCGCCUACACCUGGGACGUGAGCAUCAUGGACCAGCUGGCAACGUUCAUGGCAGGUGGUUGCGUCUGCAUACCUUCGGAAUCUCAACGAGUGAACGCGCUAGCAGAGGCUAUUCAACAAUACGGCGCUACCUGGAUUCAAACAACGCCGCCGGUCAUUCGUCUGCUCGAGCCUACCAAGGUCCCAUCGCUACGAACCAUAAUUCUCAUUGGUGAAACCCCAUCAUACGAUGAUAUAAAGAUGUGGCGGGGCCGGGUAUCACUUCGGGAGACAUUUGGUCCGACGGAGUGUUCGGUCCUGGCUCUGGUCAACCCAGACCUAUCAUCUGAUCCAAGGAACAUUGGUCGUGAGAGCGGCUGUAUUUGUUGGAUUGUUGAUCCAGACGAUCACAACAAGCUGGUAGCGGUAGGGGCCAUUGGGGAACUGCUCAUCGAAGGCCCAAUUCUUGGCCGCGGUUAUUUGAAUGACCCUCUAAAGACGUCAGCAGCGUUUAUUGAAAACCCAGCAUGGGCAGAAAAGUUCCGUAACAACCAGACUGUGCGACUCUAUAAGACGGGGGAUUUGGUUCAUUAUUGCCCAGACGGGUCCAUCCGUUUCUUCCGGCGCAAGGACACCCAAGUCAAACUUAGGGGCCAACGCAUUGAGCCUGGUGAGGUUGAGCAUCAUAUAUCCAAUAGCUUCGACGGUGCGGAACGUGUCGUAGUGGAUGUUCUCGCGUUGGAAUCAGAAACCCCUCGUUCAUUUUUGGUCGCCUUUAUCAAGUCCGCGAGUCUAAAUGACAACAACGACACUGACAGUGACGCCGAUUUCUUUUCUCCUCCAAGUACAACAUUUUCUGCACAGGUGGCCCUCACUCAAGCCCGGCUGCAAAACCAGCUGCCUAAGCACAUGGUGCCCACGAUCUUUCUGCCUCUGAACUUUGUCCCUCUGACUAGUUCUUGCAAGACAGAUCGUCGUAUGCUGAAACGAAAAGCAGCGGCGCUGACACGGAGUGAGCUAGAAACAUAUAUGCACGCGGGUGCGUCAGUCAAGCAGACUCCCGCAACCGAAAUGGAACAGAAGUUACAUCUACUCUGGGCCAAGGUGCUGAACUUGGCCACGGAGAUGAUCGGAACUAAUGAUGACUUUUUCCACCUGGGCGGGGAUUCCAUUUCUGCCAUGCAGCUGGUUUUCCAAUGUCGCCGUAUCGGUAUUUCUAUUGACAUGGAAGAUGUAUUUCGGCAUCGCACCCUUGUCGGAAUUGCCAGUCAUGCUCGAAACGAAAAAAAUAGUGCUAUUGCGCUGGCUGUUGAAAAGAUCGAUGAACCAUUCCCCUUGUCUUCAAGCCAGCAACUCUUCUUCCAAUUUUCUCCACAUGGUUUUGAUGACUUCAAUUACUGUAGCGUCAUGAAGAUUCCUCGAAUUGGGGCUGAGCGUCUGCGACGGGCCAUCAAGACCAUUGUCGAGCGUCAUUCCAUGCUUCGUGCUCGGUUCAGCCAGGAUUGUGACGGCUCCUGGAUGCAGCGCAUCACAUCCCAAACUGAAGGGUCGUACCGAUUUCAGCACUCGACCAUUUCUGGGGAGAGUGAAAUCACUCAGGCGCUGCAAAGUGCCCAAGAGUGUAUUAGUAUUCAGCAUGGUCCUCUUCUAGCUGCAGAUCAUGUGCAACUAAGCGGACAGAAAGACGAUCAUCUCAUUCUUGUUGUCCAUCGUCUCGUCGCUGACCUGGCUUCGUGGGGCAUUAUACUUGGUGAUCUGAAGACUAUAUUAAGCCAGAAGAACCCGGUCUCUGCAUCGGCUCCGGCAUCAACGUCAUACCAGGCUUGGUGCAGUCUGCAGACAGAUUCCAUUCCUAGGGAUUUUCUCUCCAAAAAUAAACUCCUUCCUUACUCAGGGAGCCAAGUGCCCAUGGUCUAUCCACUUGAGUUUUGGGGUAUGGUAGGACGUCCAAAUCAGGUCAAACACUCCAACACCACCACAUUUACGAUUGACCAUUCCACCACAAAUCUUCUUCUGGGCCGUGCCAACCGGGCAUUUCAGACGCAGCCAGCCGAGAUCUUACAUGCGGCAUUGAUCUAUUCUUUCCUUCAGGCCUUCGUGGAGCGGAACCCUCCUGUAAUGUACAAUGAAGGUUACAGCCGUGAGCCUGCAGAUGGAUCCAUUGAUACUUCACAUACGGUCGGGUUGUUUGCUACAAUCCAUCCCACCCCAGUCAAUGUCGACAAUUGUAAGAAUCUGGUAGAGAUGGUACGUCGCACAAAAGAUGCCCACCGCUCUGCUACUCCAAAUGACUGGGCCCGUCUUGGUUCGUGCUCCAAAGAUUCGCCUGGCUUGGAGUGCAUAUCACCAGGGCCGUUCGAAAUCAUCUUCAACUUCGAGGGGGUAAAAAAGCAGUCCGAGGAUAACAACUCGAUCUUACAAAUUAUUAGAUCGCCAUAUGCAGAGUAUCCAGCAAUCGAUAGAGCUAUAGAAGCACCACGCUUUGCACUCAUUAAUAUCUCAGCCGUCAUUGUCCAAGGGGAGUUGGUGACGCAUUUCACCUUCAAUCAGCGGAUGAAACACCAAGAUCUACUGAAAGUCUGGGUUGAUGAGUAUCAAAAGUCGAUCACCAGGGCGGUUAUUGAUUUAAGUCACGCACCCCCGGGCUAUACACUAAGCGAUUUUCCCCUACUCAAAAUAACCUACGAAGAUCUCGACGCAUUUAUCGCCAGGGCCCGGGAUCAAAUUGGUCCGGAAGAGGGAGAAAACAGUGCCAUCAUCGAGGAUGCAUACCCAUGCUCUCCUAUUCAACGUGGUAUCCUGCUCAGCAAAUCCAAGAACGAUGAUCUCUACAGUCCUCGCUUUACUUGGAAACUUCAAGUCGCUGGAAAGAACCUGAUUGACCUGAGCCGGCUCCGAGAAGCAUGGGAAAGGGUUCUUGGCCGACACCCCGUUUUCCGAACGGUCUUUGUCCAGAGCAGUUGGCAUAUGGAAUACUAUAAUCAAGCAGUCAUGGUCUCAUUGCCGGACAACAUCACCACCUUGCAGUAUGACGACGAAGACGUGAUGGAAUUGGUCCAUGAUUAUCGUGCAACUCGAGAUCAGAAUGCUCUGUGGCACCUCGUUUUAUGCCAGAGCAAGAGGGGUGACACAUUUUGCGACUUGAAAGUCAGCCACGCCUUGAUUGAUGGAACAUCCAUGGCUGUUCUGACACGGGAAGUGCAGUUAGCAUAUGACGAGAUGCUCUCUGCAGGCGCCGGGCCGCCCUACGGCGACUAUAUCAGGUACCUACAAUCCACCCCGGUGGACACUGUCAUUGAUUACUGGAAGAAGAAGCUCUCCACCAUAUCACCGUGUAUGUUCCCUAGGAUCAGCAGCCAUAGUAGGCCACCUUCUACCAGUAACAACAAGCGAGAGCUGCGCUCUGUCGAGCUGGAGAUCGAGGACGCCUCUAUCAUCUACCAGUUCUGCAGGCAAUAUGGAUUUACCAUCUCCAACAUCCUUCAGGUAGCUUGGGCUCUUAUUCUGCAGUGCUAUACCACAUCCAAAUCCGUCUGUUUUGCGUACGUCACGUCUGGUCGUGACGUCCCCGUGUCAAACAUUGAAGGAGCUGUCGGUCCUUUCAUCAACGUUUUGAUCAGUCACAUGCCACUGGAUCCAGAUAUGCCUCUGCUCGGUGUGUUGCGGGUUAAUCAAGAUGAUAACGUUGACAACCUGAAGUAUCAAAACUGUUCCCUCGCAGAGAUAUUCCACGCCAUGUCCAUAGGUGCAGCGGAACUGUUCAACUCCAGCAUAUCUGUGCAGAACAGGACUUCAGACUACGACUCAUCCGGUGCAUCUUUCGAGUUCUCGGUAGUAAAUGGAGAGGACCGAACAGAGUAUGACAUCACUAUACACGCCCUCGUAGACAGGCAAGGGGUUUCCCUUUCGCUGAAUUACUGGAAGGACGAGCACCUAUCAGCAGAGCAAGCCGGUCAGAUCCUUCGCACAAUGAAAGAGGCGGUAAUUAGCAUCGCGACCUAUCCCAACGUCAAAGUUGGACAGGUGAGUCUGUUGAGCUCUGAGGAUCAGCUCCAGAUCCAUAAGUGGCACGAGAUUCCCAUAGCCCUCAACUCCUGCGUGCAUGACCUCAUUGAGCGACAUUUCCAAUGCAGUCCCUCCUCCAUGGCAGUCCACUCUUGGGACGGCGACCUCUCAUAUCAAGAUUUGGAUCGCCUUUCAUCCAGACUUGCCGCUCAACUCGUAGACUUGGGAGUUCAAGCAGAAACAUUUAUCCCACUGCUGUUUGAAAGGUCCAUGUGGGUUGUUGUUUCGAUUCUUGCGGUGAUGAAAUCUGGUGCUGCAUUCGUUCUCCUGGACCCGACUAGCUCUGUAAGCCGCCUGGAGCAAGUGUGUGCAGACGCCAAGGUCAAGAUGGUCCUCAGCUCGAUGGCCAAUAAAGAAAUACUGCGUCAUCUUCCAGUUGAUCUUGUUGUAGUGGACAGAGAAGCUGAGUACCUCUGGCCGUCUGUCGUAGUACUGCCGUCUGUUGCGAAGCCUCAAAAUGCUCUGUCCGCCGUCUUCACCCCUGAGUCUAGCGGUAAGCUGAAUGGGCUCAUUUUUGAACAUGCCUCGUUUUGUUCGGCUGUGGAAACGAACAAGGGGCCUUUGGGGAUAGACAGCAACACUCGGAUGUUACAAGUUGCCUCAUUUGCAUCUGACACAAGCAUUGGUGACUAUUUGAUGGCACUCACACAAGGCGGCUGUGUGUGUAUCCCAUCUGCAUCUCAGCUGGGGGACGUUGAAAAGGCGAUUUGUGAUCUGAAUGCUAACUGGGUAAAUCUCACUCCCUCAGUGGCCCGGCGUAUCAACCCUUCGCGUGUCCCAUCCCUGAAGACAGUUUAUCUUGGGGGCGAGCCCACGACUUCCUGGGACGUGACAAGGUGGCAGGGCUUUGUGCGGUUGGUUCAAGGCUAUAGCCCUACUGGGUUUCUAGUUCGUGGUACUAUCCGGUCCAACACUCUGAACACAUCAGACCCGCGUGAUACCGGCGUCGGAACGGGUGUGGUGUGUUGGAUUGUAGAUCCUUCAAAUCACCAAAGACUCCUCCCUCCGGGUGCCAUUGGAGAGCUUCUUCUUCAAGGCCCUAUUCUCGGCCGUGGCAAUCUUGGAGGCCAGGAGCAAAAUAAUACCUUUUUUACCAAGACUCCAAUCUGGUUGCAACAUCUCAAACCAAGUGUCUUUAGUCAGCUAUACAAGACGGGUGACCUGGCUCGAUACCAGUCCGAUGGAUCGAUCCUGUAUAUGGGACACAAGGACGCUCAAGCGAAGCUCCAAGGUCAGCGGCUAGAGCUCGAAGAAAUUGCCUUUCAUAUCCGUCAAUACUUCCCCCAGGACAGGGACGUGGUUGUUGAUGUGAUCCGACCUGAUAAAGGGAAUGCGAAACCAAUAUUGGCCGCAUUCAUCAGUCACUCUUUCAGCUCAGUCAUUGGUGGUCCAGACAAUGUUGUUUUUGCUGGACCUUUGGUUGCUUUCCAGAUGGCAAUUCUCGCGGCGCAAGCCCAGCUCGCGGAGAUAUUACCCCCUUCCAUGGUUCCUGCAGCAUUCCUUCCUGUGGAAAGGAUUCCGCUCAGUGUAGCUGGCAAGGUGAACCGGAAACUUCUCCAGGAGGCCGCCUCAAAUCUCUCACUAAAGCAAAUCGAUGCAUAUGUCAAUUAUUCCCCGCUUGGCGACGAAGGAAGAAUUCCAGCCAGUGAACUCGAGAGAUCAUUGCAAGCUUGUGUUGCCCGUGUGCUCAACAAGGCUCCUAGUAAUGUAGGCGUGGACGAUAACUUCUUCCGCCUCGGAGGAGACUCUAUCAGUGCCAUGACCCUUGUUUCUCAGUGUCGCCAGCACGGAAUGGCGGUAACUGUUGCGGAUAUUUUCCGUCACAAAAGUAUUCGACGAUUGGCCUCCCAUAUUCAGUCAGCCAAGGCGACAGCAGCAGAGAGUAAGGAAACUGUGGGAACGGUAUUCGACCUUUCCCCCAUUCAACAGGCGUUUUUUGAUCGAAACCCAGAGGGCCUAAACAACUUCAGUCAGAGCUUCUUAGUCAAGCUCAGACAACCAAGGGAAUCCAUUGAGACUGCUAUUGCGACAAUAGUAAAAAGACACACAAUGCUCCGCGCCCGAUUCAGGAAAGAAGCUGGAGUUUGGGUACAGUUGGUCACUGAUGAUAUUGAGGAUUCAUAUCGUUAUCGCAACCUAACACUCUCUGUUGCGGAGACGACCAAGAAGUGUUUCGUGGAAAGCCAGGCGGCUCUUGACUUCAUGCAAGGCCCCUUGUUAGUGGCAGACCACGUAACUGUUGGUGACGAUCAGUAUCUCUUCCUCGCUGCGCAUCAUCUCGUCAUUGACCUUGUCUCGUGGAGGAUCAUUUUGAACGAUCUUGAGAUGCUACUCGGAGGAGAGUCCUUGCCACCUCUAUGCUCCUUGCCCUUCCAGGUCUGGUGCCAUUUACAAGGCGAAUACGCAAAAAAGCAUCUCAUCCCGUCACAGACACUUCCAUUGCUGGCGAAUAUACCGGAUUUUGAGCUUAAUGUUGAAGAAUAUUGGGGGGUGCCCAAGUGUUCGAACAUCUAUGCCGACGUGAUGUCUAUCAAAUUCAACAUCAAUGCACAUGUCACAAAGCUGCUACUUGGGCCCGCAAAUGAAGUACUACAAACCAAACCCGUUGAGCUUCUGCACGCUGCAAUUCUCCUUUCAUUUGUCAAGUCGUUCCCAGAUCGUCCACCCCCAAUUAUAUACCAGGAAGGUCACGGAAGAGAACCUUGGAACAGCUCCGUGGAUGUCUCGGGAACUGUGGGUUGGUUCACAACUAUCUGGCCUGCCCUUAUUCGCGCCAAGGCGGACUCGAGCUUUAUGGACGUGGCGCAACUUACAAAGGACAUUAUACGCCAGACACAAGCCAACGGUUGGAGCUACUUCACUGCCCGGUAUUUGCAUCCCGAGGGAAGUAAACGGCUUAUUUUCAGAGAGCCGAAGGAGAUUCUUAUGAAUUACCAUGGAAGUUAUCAGAGUCUGGAGAGCAAAGAUACGAUCCUCCAAGUCACAUCUGAUAUUUCGGACAUACCGGCUGGGGUGGAUCCGCGGAUGCCAAGGGGCGAGAUAUUCGACAUCGAGAUUUGGGUCUCUGGGGAUACUUUGGAGUUCGAUUUCACGUAUAACAAGCAUUCCCUGCGCCAAGCGUCCAUCCAGAAUUGGGUUUCUUCCUGUCGGAUUCUCCUUGAAAGCGCGGCCGAGGAGCUGUCUGAUGCUUCUUGUCACUAUGCCUUUAGCAACUUCCCCCAGCUGUCACUGGCCGGCCCUGAAAUUUCUCAACCUUCUCAGAAUCCUUGUCACAACGACAUUGACCCAGCCUCGGUGCAGGGAGUCUAUCCUUGCUCGCCCGUACAACAAGGAAUACUAUUAAGCCAGGGGAGAAACAAUGCAUUGUACACUACCAGAACGGUCUGGAAGGUAUCGACUCCAGACUCGGGCCUACCCAUCUCUAUCAGUCAAAUUCAACAGGCGUGGGCCCAGGUCGUGAUGAGACACUCGGUACUCCGUACCAUUAUCACUGAGAGUACUUCCCGCGACAGGCUACACGAUCAAUUGGUCAUUGAUCACGGAGCCGGCAAAGUCAUCGUUUCGGAUGGUAUCGAUUCUCCAAUGGAGCCCCCAGGAACUUUGCCCUGGCAAUUCAUUAUCAAGCGAACAUGUGGUGCAGAGAUUCUCUGUGAAUUCGCUAUUAGCCAUGCCCUAGUCGACGGUAUCUCCAUUAGUAUCCUUGGCACAGAGCUGAACAGUCUGAUAGGCGGAAAGUUUAUUGACUCGCCGGUUAUGCCAUACAAAGACUAUAUUUCUUACUUGACAUCUGUUCCUCGCCAGCAGAUUGCUGACUAUUGGGGGGAAUAUCUCAGUGACGUCAACCCAACCCUAUUCCCUAUCUUAAAUGAUUCUUCUGAGGGCAAAUUGCAUUUUGUGACUCGCUAUAUUGACGCACAGCUCAUCAGAGCUUUCUGCAAGACAUACGGAUUCACGUUAUCCAACGUGAUACAGGUAGCAUGGGCCCUGGUCUUACGCUGCUACACCGGCACAGACGAUGUUUGCUUUGGCUACUUAACAUCUGGGCGAGAUAUUCCGCUCUACGGUAUUGAGAAUGCGGUUGGCCUGUUUAUUAAUAUGCUAGUGUGUCGCCUACAGCUGGACAGCAACCGCCAAAUGCUGUCAAUUCUACAGAGAAACGAAAGCGACUUUAUUCGCAGUCUCGACCACCAACAGUGCUCGCUGGCUGAAAUCCAGCAUGACUUGGGCCUCAACAGAGAGCCACUCUUCAAUUCCAUCAUCUCUUAUCAGGCAGCUUUUCCAAUACAAGAACAAACCGGGGACCAGUACGGAUUGGUCAUCAAUGUGAAUGCUAGCAGCGAUAACGUCAGCCUCUCCCUCAGUUUCUGGGACAACUUCCUCUCUCCCGAACAAGGAUCCAGACUCUGUGAUAGUUUAGUGCAGACCAUUUCGAGUAUCACCGAUGGUCCCUCCAUAACCGUCGGCGACAUCGACCUAGUUAGUCAGGAGGAGCUCAACAUUAUUCACUCUUGGAACGCGCAAUUGCCGCAGACAGAAGAAGUAUGUGUCCAUGACCUGAUUCUUGAUCAAUGCCGGGUUCAUCCUGAGGCACCAGCCGUCUGCGCAUGGGAUGGCAACUUCAACUACCAGGAUCUUGGCCAGCUCUCUGAGGAGCUGGCCAUACAGCUUCAGAUGCUCGGAGUUGGACCUGAUGUCUUUGUGCCACUACUCUUUGAGAAGUCGAAAUGGGUCUCUGUGGCGAUGUGUGCGGUCAUGAGAGCCGGCGGAGCAUUUAUUUUGCUAGAUGAUUCCUAUCCAGAAGCCCGUUUGCGUGAAAUAUGCGAGACUUCACGCUGCCCUCUUGUCAUAUCCUCAUCCUCCACCUAUAGGAAAGCUGCGCCGCUCACUGAGCGGGUGGUUAUUGUCUCCGAGAGCGAAGCUGCGCAAUGGAAGUCAAAUCUAAAGACAUGGUCCCUUCAACAUAAUGUCCUCCCUCGUCAUGCCCUCUAUUGUGUCUUUACCUCCGGCUCGACCGGUAAACCCAAAGGCGCGGUUAUCGAGCACUCAAGCUAUGCAACAAGUGGCCUAUCGCUCCAAAAACGACUGAGAGUUACGAACGAAUCUCGAGUAUUUCAAUUUGCUUCGCACGCGUUUGAUGUGAGCAUUAGCGACUACUUGACGACCUUCAUAGCGGGCGGGUGCAUAUGUGUUCCCUCCGAAAUUGAGCGAAUAAAUAAUAUUCCCCACGCGGUGCAAACACUGGACGCAAACUGGAUGCACAUUACGCCAUCCGUCGCGCAGAUUCUGCACCCGUCGCAAGUAGAAGGGAUCAAGAUCUUGGUCUUAAGCGGUGAGGCUAUUAAGGCAGAGAACAUCAAGACAUGGGGACAUUCAGUUCAUCUCAUCAAUGCAUACGGGCCAGCUGAGUGUUCUGUAGACUGUGUCGUCAACGAUCAGGUGGCAUCAAGGCCUUCAAGCAUUGGAUACGCAAGUGGUGCAACCUGUUGGGUCACCGACAGAAAUAAUCCCGCUCGACUACUUCCCAUUGGUGUUGUUGGAGAGUUGGUUGUCGAAGGUCCCAUCGUCGGUCGCGGGUAUCUGCAUAAUGAAGAACAAACUCACCGGGCCUUUGUCGAACGACCCCCAUGGCUUCAGUCUUUCAGAAGCCAUGACGCCUAUCCACGACACGUAUACAGGACCGGAGAUCUCGUUCAGUAUCUUCCCGACGGCUCCCUAAAAUACGUUGGACGCCGUGACAGCCAGGUUAAGAUCCACGGCCAGCGCGUCGAACUGGAGGAAAUCGAAUCCCACCUACGCCGUUUCUUCCCGGGAUCUCAAGAUGUGGCUGUAGAAAUGCUCCAACGACCAGAUGGCGCAUCUCAGAAGGUAUUGACAGCAUUUAUAAGACGACGGGCACUGGAUUUCACAGGGGAAGAAUUCUCAAUUCUUGAAUCCAGCCAAGAGUUUGUCACAGACGUCCACAUUGCAGAAUCGCGUCUCGUCCAGAAUGUGCCUCGGCACAUGGUUCCGGUCACUUUUUUUGCUGUCAAUCAUAUUCCAUUGACUAGGUCGGGCAAGAUUGAUCGGCCCAAACUGCGUGGCCAAGCAACGAAGAUCUCGUGGGCUGACGGGGGCUCUGGUGUUCAGCAUACCUCCCAGCGACCAUUGACCAAGACUGAGCGCAGAAUACAAUUGAUCGUUGCCCGAGUGCUAGAGAUUAGGCCAGAUGUCGUCGACAUCGACGGCGACUUUUUCCAGAUGGGCGGUGACUCAAUCACGGCUAUGCAGCUAGUAUCCCUUGCACGUCAUGAGGGCCUUUCAGUGACUGUAAGGCAAAUAUUCACCUUGCCAGUACUAGCAGAUCUUGCGAGAGAAGUCCAACAGUCCACAUCCGUGUCGGCUUUGACAUCGUACGUCGCGGACCCUUCCAACAACACCGAUCACGAAUCGUUGAGAGAUUUGCAUUGGAAAGACCUGCCCUUCCGCGAGGAUGAUGUGGUCGACGUCAUUCCUGCAACAAUUGUUCAAGGCUUUUCUGCAAGUCGGCCACAGAACUACUGGUUCUUGGAGCUAGCAGGACCGCUGGACACAGCUCGACUGAAGCAAGCCUGCUCAGAACUAGUCGAGAAACACUCGAUUCUCAGAACAGUAUUUAUCCCGCGUGCAGGCCAAAUCCUGCAAGUUAUCCUACGCACACUAUCUCUGGACAUUAUCGAAUGCAACGCCUUUCAGAAGGACUUGAGGCCAUUCGUCGAAGAAUACAGUCGUCAAGAUUUCCCCUCACAAACUCUAUACGGAUCGGUGCCACUGGCCCUGACACUUGUGAGAGGCAGUGACGAACGUCAUAUUCUCAUAAUGCGUCUAUCGCACGCUCAGUAUGAUGGACUAUCCAUCCCCAGGUUGAUGGCGAACCUUCUUGAUUUGUACCAUCAAAAAUCCAUCCCCGUCUCCGCAGACUUUGCAACAUAUGUACGGCAUUGUAACCGGAGCCAGACCUCAGCGACAUUCGCCUUUUGGAGGUCUCUACUUGAUGGUUCAUCCAUGACUUCAUUACUUGAUCAGCCAGCAGCAACAGGGGCAUUGAAUGAUUCCAGACCAUCAGUCCUAGUCGAAUCGAUAGCAAAUGUACCUUUGCCAACCACCCCUCGGGGAAUCACGUUGGCCACCGUAGUCAAGACAGCUUGGGCUUUAGUGCAGUCGAAACUACUGCGGCUAUCCGAUCUUGUCUUUGGUCAGCUAGUUAGUGGUCGCAACACGGGCGUCCUCGAACUGGAAGAUGUCAUAGGGCCCUGCAUCAACAUGACACCUGUGCGAGUUCAAAUACACCCGGGACAGACAAUCAGAGAGCUACUGAAGCAAGUUCAGGCGCAGCAUGUGGAAACGAUGCCAUUUGAAACGACGGGACUAGAUGAAAUUGUCAAGAAUAGCACUUCAUGGCCGGCGAACACCGACUUUGGGUCCAUAGUCCACCACCGGUUCUCCCAGGGUCAAAGCGCGCUGGAGUCCAACGAGCUAUCAUGCCGGAUUGACGCGUGGUCACCCCUUUCCAUACCUGCAAUGAAUGUCUGGGUGUCGACCAUAGCAGAAGAAGAUCGGCUGAGCAUCAACAUUUUCUCUCGCAGCGAGGUUGCGUCGCAAGCUCAAAUCAAUCGGUUGAUGGAAGAGAUGUCUGCCAUGUUGGCAAUUUGCAGAGAAGGCAUGUACGUGCCUGUCGAGGACAGCAAUGAUGAUUGGGUCCAUGUUUAA